UAUCUAGGAUCCUCGUUUCAAGAAUAGGGUCCCAGGUUCAAGCAUGACGCAAUUCACUUGCAGGGGAAAUGAAUGCUGGUGAAGGAGACUCAUGCAUGACCGUUGAGUCUCACUUUUACCGCAGUAUUAAGCUGGAACGCUCGGCGAUAACACGUACGCGCUUUACAACAGUAAAACAGUAAAAAUGGAACAUAUUAAUGAUGUUCAAACCCAGACGGUAGAGGAACAUUUUAAACUUAUCCUAGAGGAUAACAGCGUGAUUGAUCCAAAUCUGCGCGAUGUAACAUCUAAUGAUCUCCCUGCCUGGUACAACAAAAAUAUAUAUAAAGGAGCUCAAAAUUAUUAUAAGCGGAACUUGCUGUCAAUAAUAGCGGCAAGCACAGUAGGACUUAUAAUAGUAUUUGCAGUGGAGACAAUACUAAAGGUACUCUUGUGCACAAAACGAAGUAGUUCGACCUGUUUGGCUUUUAAGAGAUAUGUAGAAACUCUGCAGCAUCUACACAACAUAUCUACGUGCGAUCCAGCUGAUACCAAUUCCAAGUAAGUUUCUUCAAAUCAUAUAAUUAUUACUCAUAUUUCCCAGGUCUUUAUUAUUCACGA